UCGCGUCCCCGCCCUCCAGCCCCCGGCACCUGGACAUGCGUUCUCCCAGACCCGGCUAUUUUUUUGAUAUCGUGAAACGACGAGGGAAAUAAUUGCAAGGGUUUUCUCCGCCCACCCCGACAUGCCUUCAGUUUGGGGGGCCGAGGCACCCGGUCCUAGGAGAAUGGAGCGCCCCAGCCUCGCGGGAGCGGAAUGAGGGGCAGUUGUGCAGUGGAAUGAAAGCUCUGCAGCGAGGUCCUCUCAUCUGCCGUUUGUCCUUCCGAACUGCAUUGUAAUCCGGGCAGGAGUCAGACGACCGAGCCCUGGUUCCUCGGUCCCAGUUUACUUUCCAGAUUUCUUUUCUUUGCCCUCCUGCUUCUCGGCUGACCCAGGGAUGACUUCGUCGCUGGCGCGGCCCUGGCGGGUGCCCUGGCCACUCUGGGCCGUCCUGGUGGUCGGCACUACCGCCGCUUCCCAGAAUCAAGAACGGUUGUGUGCAUUUAAAGAUCCAUAUCAACAAGACCUUGGGAUAGGCGAGAGCCGAAUCUCUCAUGAGAAUGGGACAAUAUUAUGCUCAAAAGGGAGCACAUGCUAUGGAUUGUGGGAGAAAUCAAAAGGGGACAUAAAUCUUGUAAAACAAGGAUGUUGGUCUCACAUUGGGGAUCCCCAAGAGUGCCACUAUGAAGAAUGUGUAGUAACCACCACCCCACCCUCGAUUCAGAAUGGAACAUACCGUUUUUGCUGCUGUAGCACAGAUUUAUGUAAUGUCAACUUUACUGAGAAUUUUCCACCUCCUGAUACAACACCACUCAGUCCACCUCAUUCAUUUAACCGAGAUGAGACAAUAAUCAUUGCUUUGGCAUCAGUCUCUGUUUUAGCUGUUUUGAUAGUUGCCUUAUGUUUUGGAUACAGAAUGUUGACAGGAGACCGUAAGCAAGGUCUUCACAGUAUGAACAUGAUGGAGGCCGCAACGUCAGAGCCCUCUCUUGACCUAGAUAAUCUGAAGCUGUUGGAGCUGAUUGGACGGGGUCGAUAUGGAGCAGUAUAUAAAGGUUCCUUGGAUGAGCGUCCAGUUGCUGUAAAAGUAUUUUCUUUUGCAAAUCGUCAGAAUUUUAUAAAUGAAAAAAACAUUUACAGAGUGCCUUUGAUGGAACACGACAACAUUGCUCGCUUUAUAGUUGGAGAUGAGAGACUAACUGCAGAUGGACGUAUGGAGUAUUUACUUGUGAUGGAAUAUUAUCCCAAUGGAUCCCUAUGCAAGUAUUUGAGUCUCCAUACAAGUGACUGGGUAAGCUCUUGCCGUCUGGCUCAUUCUGUGACUAGAGGCCUGGCCUAUCUUCAUACUGAAUUACCACGAGGAGAUCAUUACAAACCUGCAAUUUCCCAUCGAGAUUUAAACAGCAGAAAUGUCCUGGUAAAAAAUGAUGGAACGUGUGUUAUUAGUGACUUUGGUUUGUCCAUGAGGUUAACUGGAAACAGAUUGGUGCGCCCAGGGGAAGAAGAUAAUGCAGCUAUAAGUGAGGUCGGCACAAUUAGAUAUAUGGCACCAGAAGUGCUGGAAGGAGCUGUGAACCUGAGGGACUGUGAAUCAGCUCUGAAACAAGUCGACAUGUAUGCACUUGGACUGAUCUACUGGGAGAUAUUUAUGAGAUGCACGGAUCUUUUCCCAGGUGAAUCCGUACCAGAAUACCAGAUGGCUUUUCAGACAGAAGUUGGAAACCAUCCCACUUUUGAGGAUAUGCAGGUUCUUGUGUCUAGGGAAAAACAGAGACCCAAGUUUCCAGAAGCCUGGAAAGAAAAUAGCCUGGCAGUGAGAUCACUCAAGGAGACAAUCGAAGACUGUUGGGACCAGGAUGCAGAGGCUCGGCUUACUGCACAGUGUGCUGAGGAGAGGAUGGCUGAACUUAUGAUGAUAUGGGAAAGAAACAAAUCUGUGAGCCCAACCGUCAACCCAAUGUCUACUGCUAUGCAGAAUGAGCGCAACCUGUCACAUAAUCGGCGAGUGCCAAAAAUUGGGCCUUAUCCAGAUUAUUCUUCUUCCUCAUACAUUGAAGACUCUAUCCGUCAUACUGACAGCAUUGUGAAGAACAUUUCCUCUGAGCAUUCAGUGUCCAGCACACCUUUGACUGUAGGAGAAAAGAACCGAAACUCAAUUAAUUAUGAACGACAGCAAGCACAAGCUCGAAUUCCCAGCCCUGAAACAAGUGUCACCAGCCUGUCCACUAACACAACCACCACAAACACCACUGGCCUCACUCCAAGCACUGGUAUGACCACUAUAUCUGAAAUGCCAUACCCAGAUGAAACAAAUUUGCAUGCCACAAAUGUUGCACAGUCAAUUGGGCCAACCCCUGUCUGCUUACAGCUGACAGAAGAAGACUUGGAGACCAACAAGCUAGACCCAAAAGAAGUUGAUAAGAACCUCAAGGAAAGCUCUGAUGAGAAUCUUAUGGAGCAUUCUCUUAAGCAGUUCAGUGGGCCAGACCCACUGAGCAGUACCAGUUCUAGCUUGCUUUAUCCACUCAUAAAGCUUGCAGUAGAAGUGACUGGACAGCAGGACUUCACACAGGCUGCAAAUGGCCAAGCAUGUUUAAUUCCUGAUGUUCCACCCUCUCAGAUCUAUCCUCUCCCUAAGCAGCAGAACCUUCCUAAGAGACCUACUAGUUUGCCUUUGAACACCAAAAAUUCAACAAAAGAACCCCGGCUAAAAUUUGGCAACAAGCACAAAUCAAACUUAAAACAAGUAGAAACUGGAGUUGCCAAGAUGAACACAAUCAAUGCAGCAGAGCCUCAUGUGGUAACGGUAACUAUGAAUGGUGUGGCAGGUAGAAGCCACAGUGUUAAUUCCCAUGCUGCCACAGCCCAGUAUGUCAAUGGAGCAGUACCAUCUGGCCAGGCAGCCAACAUAGUGGCACAUAGAGCCCAAGAAAUGCUGCAGAAUCAAUUUAUUGGUGAGGACACCCGGCUGAAUAUUAAUUCCAGUCCUGAUGAGCAUGAACCUUUACUGAGACGAGAGCAACAAGCUGGCCAUGAUGAAGGGGUUCUGGAUCGGCUAGUAGACAGGAAGGAACGACCACUAGAAGGUGGUCGAACUAAUUCCAAUAACAACAACAGCAAUCCAUGUUCAGAACAAGAGGUACUUACACAGGGUGUUGUAAGCACAGUAGCAGACCCUGGGCCAUCAAAGCCCAGAAGAGCACAGAGACCCAAUUCUCUGGAUCUUUCAGCUACAAAUAUCCUGGAUGGCAGCAGUAUACAGAUAGGUGAGUCAACACAAGAUGGCAAAUCAGGAUCAGGUGAAAAGAUCAAGAAACGUGUGAAAACUCCAUACUCUCUUAAGCGGUGGCGCCCCUCCACCUGGGUCAUCUCCACUGAACCACUGGACUGUGAGGUCAACAACAAUGGCAGCGACAGGGCAGUGCAUUCCAAAUCUAGCACUGCUGUUUACCUUGCAGAAGGAGGCACUGCCACAACCAUGGUGUCUAAAGAUAUGGGAAUGAAUUGUCUGUGAAAUGUUUUCAAACUGAUGGAGUGAAAUUAUUUUUUGCAUCAUUUAAACAUGCAGGAGACAUUAAAAACAAAACUGCUUUAACCUCCUGUCAGCAUACCUUCCCACCCCUGCAACAAGGACUUGCUUUAAAUAGAUUUCAGCUAUGCAGAAAAUUUUAGCUUAUGCUUCCAUAUUUUUUAAUUUUGUUUUUUAAGUUUUGCACUUUUGUUUAGUCUCGCUAAAGUUAUAUUUGUCUGUUAUGACCACAGAAUUAUAUGUGUGUGUAUCAAAAGUGGUCUCAAAAUAUUUUUUUAAGAAAAAAAGCAAAAACAAUAUAUUGCUGAUAAUCAGUUUGGACCAUUUUCUAAAGGUCAUUAAAACAGAAGAAGCAAAUUAAGACAGGUUUGACUGCAGUGGUGUCUGGUAUCCAUGUUUUAUUUCUGGAUACAAGCUAGUUUAUAUGUUGAUAUGUGCUUUAACAUAUUGUCAGACAUUCUUCUCUCUUGUAUUUUGUUUGAAUGUGCAAUAGUCUGUAGACACAAAUAAGCUUUCUUAUCAGUGCUCUUCCAAGCAGGCUCACAUUCUUCCGUAACAUAAACAUUCUCUCCCAUUCUUCUAUAAUAUGAACAUUUUUCUUGCUUUCCCCUUGUGGAGUAUACAUAAACACUGUCAAAAGGGCUCUUAAAAAGGAACUACCAAAACUUUUUUUGAAAUGCCAUUUCUUUUAACCUUCCACAUCCUAAAUGUUUCCUUCCAGGCAUUUUAACAAGCAUAUUUGGUUCUGGUUUUGCAAGUUCAUAAGAGAGCAUAGAACAAAACACAAGAAAGCAAAUAUUAGACUGUUCCAUUUUUUUUUCUGUAUAUGUUCAUGUUCCAUAUUCAUUUAUUUAAGAAAUACAUUUUUUAUCAGAAAACUUAUAGAGCUAAACUUACAUGGAAGUUUUAAGUAAGUAGAUGGGUAAGAUGAUGCAGUGUUGAGUAGGCCAUCUCAAAUUACAUUUCCUAUUUAUAAUAACGUCAAAGUAAUUCAUAGUUUUAGAUUUAUAGUAUCUUUUAUUCUGUUCUCCAGCAAAGCCUAACAACCAUGUGUGAAAACGAUUCCUCUUCCCCUGACCUAAAACACUGUGGAAAACUCCUUCAACCAGCAUGCCAGAUCCCUGUGGAAGAAAUGAUUGCUACAUACCUAACCCUUCAGUAGACUAAGAGUUAGUCUUUCUUUUCAUAAAUUGUUUAUUUUUUCACUAAUCCUAUUUUCAUAAUUUCUUUUGCCAGUGUUCACAUGAUGUUUGACGUGUGAGCAGCAUUUAUUUAUAUUGUGGUAGGAUGUGCCUUCUAGUGAUAGCAUGCCCUUGAAAUCAUGUUUUUAAACCUCCCUUUGCAUAUUUCAUUACUAAUAAUCUCUAAAACAGCAAUCUCUUUUAUCUUCUAAUAAAGCACUUUCUGUCAAGGGAAUUUUUUCUAAACAAUUUGUUCUGUCAAUUUGUAAGGAUUAAUUGAUCUUGGUUUUUGUUGUUUUUAGGUUCUCAAAAUAAUUACAUAAGUUCUAAAAUUUUUCUGGGAGAUAAAAGAUUAAGAGGAAAAUACAAAUUCCCAAAUUCCUGAUUUGGCUCUUACCUCCUAAACAUUAUUUUCUCAUUUCUAACCCUUUAUCUUCAUCAUAUAACUAAAGAUAGCCUAAAUCCCCCAAUUUACUGUCCAGAAUACUUGUGGCUUAUUUGUAUAUAGGCCUCUUGCUGUCUCCUGUGAUGCCUUAUGAGUUAGAUGCCACAACACUUAACCAUUAAUUCAGCUGGAUUGCUGGCUGAGAAUUCCCAGUUCUUAGGGUUAAGAUUGUCUUACUGGUGCCCAGGAUUCCUUCUGCCUUUGUUGUUUUAUUGGCCCUUCUCUUGAUUCAGACCCUUAACAUUUUUUUGUCUUCUGUCAUACAAUUUUUUUUCAUGUAGUUAUUAUCUUUUAUCUUUGUAACAAAUUAUUUCUAUCUUUCUCAGUAAAUUUUUACUUAUUUCUUUUGUCCAAAUGGCUUUCAGAUGCAUUUCAGGAUACUUUUUUCCAAACAAUUGUGGGACAGCUUUGAAUUAGAGUACGUUAUACUCCAUUUCCAGUUUGAAGCAAUGAGAGUAAAUGACCAUUUGAGAUCCAGGUGAUCUCUUCCUAUCGGAAAAACUGUCUUGCAUUCUGAUACACUUUUUAUUAGGGCCAGUCAAUUGUAAGUUUUUCAACUUUUUUUAACAAUAAUAAAAAGCUUUUUAAAAUUAACAUACCAGAUUAGAGCUGGGUGUGGUGGCAUACACCUUUAAUCCUAGCACUUGAGAGGCAGAGACAGGCAGAUCUCUAUGAGAUUGAAACCAGCCUGGUCUACAUAAUGAGUUCCAGGCUAGCUGGGGCUGCAAGGGAGAUACUGUCUCAAAAAGAAAAAAGAAAAAAAAUUGUACCAGAUUAAAUCUGUAUAGUUUCCCAUUUUCUGCAGGUAUAUUUAAAACAAAUCAUUUCCUUUCUCCAGUUUUUUGAUAGAUUCUUGAAAAAGUAGGGAAGACAGGAAGUGUAGUUCAUUUUUAAUAAAUUUUAAGUGGUAUCCCUCAUUUAAAGUCCAUAAUAUACAGCAAGCAAAAUCACUUUAACUUAAAUUACUGGUUAACUUUAUUAAUUUGAUAUUAUUUCUUGAAGCUGACAACAAAUUUAUCACAAAAUUUUACUAUAGAAAUUAACUUAGAGCCUUUUGAAUAGAAAGGUCUUUCAGUUUUAAAAUACUCAAAUUUAUCUGUAUAGUAAUAUCAACUUAAAAGAAUCAGAAUAGAUAAUCAAAGUCUAAUAGUUCCUUUAAGAAAAUCCUAAUUGUGAAGCUGGAGAGAUAGCUCAACAGUUAAGGAGAGCACAUGCUACCCUUAAGGACCUGGGUUCUGUUCCUGGCACCCACGUCAAGUAGCUCACAGCCACCAGUAGCUCCAGCUCCAGGGGAUCUGACACCUUCUUCUGGCCUCCAUGAGCACUUCAUAUAACCCGCACAGACACACACACAUACACAUAAUUGAAAAUAAAUCUUUAAAAAAGGAAAGGAAAUCCUAAUUUUAUACCAGAACUAAGAAAUUGAAAGAACUCGAUUUGAAUUAUGUGUACAAUGAAAUGAUUUAAAUAUAAAUAUGAAAAAUUUUUAGAUGCAUAUUUUUUUAAAAACCACUGUCAUUGUAGAACAUUCUGAGAAGCACAUACUGAAAACUAGGUGUAUGUAUGCUAUUUCUUUCCAUCUUCAGAGCAACCAUAUAAACAUAAUUAACAUUCAUACUUUACAAAUGAAGAAACAAAGGUUAAAAGAGGAUAGUUAAUUUGCCAAAGUUUCAUAUCUAGUAAUAGAACUAGAAUUUACCCUAGUCUGCCUCUCUGCAUCUUUUUCAUCCACAUCACACAGCCUGCAUUCUUCAUAAUAGGAUGUAUAAUAUACUGACAUUUUGUAAGAAAUUCAGUCAUUAUACUCUGGCACAAUUGUGGUUUGUAUAUAAGCGAAACCAGAUAUCUUAAUGAUUUUAGUAGUUAGGCAAACAUAAUAAAGUCCAUAUUCAUUAUUGCUUAAGGAACAAUUACUAAUUCAAGACAAAAAUCCAAUCUACAAGCUGGGUGUGGUGGUACACACCUUUAGUCCCAGUACUCAGGAGGUAGAGGUAGGCGGAUCUCUGUGAGUUCAAGGCCAGCCUGGUCUACAUAGUGAGUUCCAGGUCAGCUGGGGCUACAGGUCAAAAAGACCACACACACACACACACACAAAUCCAAUCUACAUCUUAAAAUCAUGUCACCAAACUCCUAACAUUCUUAUAUUGCAGAACUAAAGGCAAAGCAAUUAAAAAAAAAAAAAAAACUCAGAGUCUAUUUAUUCCAGGUAAUAUUCAACAGUUAUGAUUCUGGUCUGGUUUAAUUUAAGGUACACAUUUUGUUUUUUUAAGGAAUGAAAAUCUACAAAACAUUCCAUGUGUUUGGAAAUAUUUCACUAACAAGUGUGGGUAACUGCUUAUCUACAAGAGAUAAGACAAAGUAAAUUGUAAAGGAAAAGUGAAGGCAGCUAUAGGAAUAUUUUUCCCAAUGUGACUCCAUACUAGAUUAACCUAAAAUUUCACCCUUCUCAGUCCUUUAACUCCAACUUCAAAAUUUCUGCUUUUAGCAAUGUUAAUCUGGAGAACUAAUUGAGUAAGAUAAAGUAAGAGGUCAUUAUAGCUUCAUUACAUGUAUUUACUUGUUCCGGAAACUGUGUGCUUGGUUCUGAAUGUGAAAAUCGUUAGAGAGGGAGGAACACUCAAAGUAGUCUUUCAGUGGGAAUUACCAGAAAUAUUGGCAAAUAUUUUUAUUUAAAAUAUUUCUAAGUUUGACUUCUAAAGCUAAAAAGAAUACAUAAUAGGCUGCAGCUGUUACAUUGAACUAGUAAUAUUGUUAUAUUACUAGUCUCUGUAAAUUAGUCAUUUAAAAUGGAAAUUUUUUCAAUAAGUGUUUAUUCCUUUUUCAUAUUUAUUGACUUGAAUAUUUCAUUGAGGGUCAUUAACUUCUAGAACUUGGUAUUACAUUAUAAUUCUAUGUCACAUUUUACAAAUUUAUGUUGAACUCACUACCAGUUAUAUAUAUGUUGUCACAUAACUAUUCACAGAUUUUUUUUUUUAAAUGCAUGUUACCUUUUCUCCUAAAAAGUUAGAUAAGUGUACACGUUAGUUGAUUUUUCUAGAGCAGUCAUUCCAGGAAUUAUAUAAUACUCACACAUAUACCCCAGAAGUCUCUUUUAGACAGUGAUAAUUUUAAACAUCAUAUCCUUGACUGGCAGUGGGUUUUGUUUUUAGCAGAUUAAAGUUGCAUUUAACCUUUAGAUUAUAAACUAUGCAAACUUUGUCAAAACUACCUUACAUCGCCCCUUUGUAACUAUGCUCAUUGAUAGUGUAAAUCUAGCAAAUCACUUUUGAACUAGUUACACAAAACUUAUUAUCAAAAGAAGUCUUUUUGGCAAGUACCCAUAUUAACACAACAGGAAACCCCAGUGUGCCCCAGGAGGUAGUAGACCAACCCAUCACUCUUCCCACAUCCCUUCAUAGUUCAUAGUUGACUGUCUCUUCACUGUUGGUCUUAUGUUAGAAAAGUCUUCAUGUCUGUUCCAUAUGUCUCUCAUUUCAUAGUCUCUCUUACGUAGUUGGAGAAAAGAGAGUUAGAUGGUCAUCCUCCCAGCACUCUUAAUAGGCUUUGGGCUUUUCAGUCAACACCUAAAUCUCAGUUGAUCAGAUAAAAUUGUUUCAGUUCCUUUUUCUUCUCAGAUCUGUUUUAAUGUCUUUAUUUAUAUUUAAGAGCACAUAAAAUUAUAUUCUUUGUUAUAUUCAAAUUAAUUACUCCAGUUAAUUUAUAGUUCAGUAGUUUGAUAGAAUUGAAAGUUAAGAUGUUACCAUUUGACAUUGUAUUUAAUCACCAGACCAUAAGAAAAUCAGCACUUAAUUUUUGUAUUAUCUAACAUUUUCUAUUAAAGUGUAUUUUAUGAUUUUCUAUCUGCGUAGUUAUAACUAAAAAGCCAUGUAUACCUAAUUUUGUAUCAUUUUGCCAUUAAAUUUAUAUUACAGUGAGUUUAGUGAGUUAUGAUUGAGCCACAACGUUUUAUAUUUUUCUUUGUAUCAAAUACUGUAUUUAACACUAAAUGCAAGAUUUUUAGUUUCAAAAACAGA